AGCCACCGUGCACAUCCAGGUGAACGAUGUGAAUGAGUACGCGCCCGUCUUUAAGGAGAAAUCCUACAAAGCGACGGCAAUCGAGGGGAAGCGGUCCGACAACAUCCUAAAGGUGGAAGCAGUGGAUGCCGACUGUUCUCCGCAGUUCAGCCAGAUCUGCAGUUAUGAGAUUGUCACUCCAGAGGUUCCCUUCGCAAUCGACAAAGACGGUUACAUCAAGAACACUGAGAAGCUGAGCUUCAGCAAGGAGCACCAGUACAAGCUCACCGUCACGGCCUACGACUGUGGAAAGAAGAGGGCUGCCGAGGACGUGCUGGUGAAGAUCAGCAUUAAACCCACCUGCAAACCAGGCUGGCAAGGCUGGAGCAAAAGAAUGGAAUACGAACCCGGGACCGGGGCCCUUUCCCUCUUCCCCAACAUCCAUCUGGAGACCUGCGACGAGCCCAUCACGUCCGUCCAAGCCACAGUCGAGCUGGAGACUAACCACAUUGGGAAAGGCUGCGACCGAGACACCUACUCGGAGAAGUCCCUUCACAGGCUCUGCGACAUGAGCCGUCACCGUUACUCCCUCUACGUGCACAACUGCCGGUUGGUCUUCCUCUUCCGCCAGGAUCCCUCCGAGGGGCAGAGUUACAAGCCGGCCGAAUUCCACUGGAGGCUGAACCAGGUUUGCGAUCAGGAAUGGCACCACUACAUCCUCAAUGUAGAGUUUCCAGCAGCCACGCUCUACGUCGACGGCGUUUCCUUCGAUCCCUUCCCGGUGACCGAAGAUUAUCCACUCCAUCCCUCCAAGAUAGAAUCGCAGCUAGUAGUCGGAGCUUGCUGGCAAGAAUAUUCGGGAAAUGAGAAUGACACCGACCAAGCGACCGAGAAUCCUACAGGUGGCGACCAGCGGAUGGCUCAGUUCUUCCGCGGCAACCUGGCCGGCUUGACCAUCCGCUCGGGCAAACUGGAAAGCAAGAAAGUGAUUGAUUGUCUGUAUACCUGCAAGGAAGGCCUGGACCUGCCCACCACGGACGGCACUGCAAAGGGCCUCAAGAUCCACAUGAAUCCCAGCCAGUCAGCCUUGAGCUUGGAAGGGGACGACCUCGAGAGGUUCGACAAAACCAUGCAACGCAUCUCGUACAUGAACUCCCGCCAGUUCCCCACCCCCGGCAUCCGGCGGAUCAAAAUCACAAGCACGGUGAAGUGUGCCGACAACGAAGCCUGCAUUGCCAUUCCGCUCGUGGAGGGUUACAUCAUGGUCUUGCAACCCGAGGAGCCCAAAAUCAGCCUGAGCGGCAUCAACCACUUUGCCCGUUCGGCUUCGGAGUUUGAGAGCCCUGAGGGCGUGUCCCUCUUCCCUGAGCUUCGGAUCAUCAGCACCAUCACACGGGAGGUGGAGCCCGAGGGAGAGGGGGAGGAGGACCCUACAGUCCAAGAAUCCUUGGUGUCGGAAGAAAUCAUGCAUAAUUUGGAUACCUGUGAGGUCUCGGUCUUGGGGGAGGAACUGAACAGGGACCAAGAGAGUCUGGAGGUCGACCUGGUACGGCUGCAACAGAAAGGAAUGGAAAUGAGCAGCUCAAGCCUCGGCCUCAUCCUUACUGGGGUGGACACCAUGGCCAGCUACGAGGAAGUUUUGCACUUGAUCCGAUACCGUAACUGGUACGCCGUCUCGCUCUUUGACCGGAAAUUCAAGCUGGUGUGCUCGGAGCUCAACGGACGCUACGUUAGCAAUGAAUUUAAGGUGGAAGUGAAUGUCAUCCACACCGCUAACGUCAUGGAACACGCCAGCCAUAUUGCUGCCCAGCAGCCACAGUUUGUGCAGCCUGUCCAUCAUUCCUUCGUUGACCUCUCUGGCCACAACCUCGCAAACCCUCACCCAGGGUUUUCCGUGGUUCCCAGUACAGCCACGGUGGUGAUUGUGGUGUGCGUCAGCUUCCUGGUUUUCAUGAUCAUCCUUGGAGUCUUCCGGAUCCGAGCGGCCCAUCAGCGGACAAUGCGGGACCAGGACUCUGGGAAGGAGAACGAGAUGGACUGGGACGACUCUGCCUUGACCAUCACGGUUAACCCCAUGGAGACGUACGAGGACCAGCACAGCAGCGAGGAGGAAGAGGAGGAGGAGGAAGAGGAAAGCGAAGACGGGGGCGAGGAAGACGACAUCACCAGCGCGGAAUCGGAGAGCAGCGAGGAGGAGGAGGGUGGGGGCGAGCAGGAGGAGGACCCCCAGCACGUCAACCGGCAGCAGCAGUUGGAGUGGGACGAUUCGACCCUGCCCUACUGAGCUUCACACUCCCUGCUCGCCUCGUCGGUUUUUCUUUCGUUUCAUUUCGUUCUCCCGCUCCGGAGAAUGCCAGGACAAACCACUUCCCUUCCUUUCAGGGGUGCCAGAGGCCAGGCCGUCUCUUGGCCCCAUUAGAGUUGGCCAGUCUCCCUUCUCUCCCACCCACCCCGUCCCCUUCGUGUGUCGGACAUAUCCUUUCCCAAACCCCUGCCUGUAGAAAUGUAGCUAGCACUUCUCCCUCCCCUCCACCAGUGACUGGAUUGUGGUGAUUUCCCUUUUUCUUUUCUUUUUUAACCGCAGGGCCUUGCCUUGUACUUUCUGGCCCCAGUCAUCUCCCUCCAAAGGGCCUCGGUCAUCCCAGCUGCCCCCCACCCCCGUUUGCGAGCGACGUUCCCGCCCGCGACCACGUACGGGUGGCUCUUAAAGCAGCCACCGUUUCCAACUUGCGGAGGAGGCUGCUUUAAUGAACCACAGGGAAAAGGGUGUCUUCUCAACGCUUGUAAAAUAUGCCCGGAUCUAAUGCUUCCCCUUCUGUUUCUCCCCCCCUCCCCUUUAGAAUUAACUUUUAUUUUAUUUUUAUUAUUUUAUAUGGGGAUGUCUUCUCUCUACCCCACCCUCCUUACUUCACACCUCUUUUUUCUGAUUUGCGAGGGGGUGAAAGCAAGGGAAAACAACAACCCGCCACUCCUUUGUCGACUGAGAGCUAACCUAUUUUUUUUUAUUAUUAUUAUUAUUUAGUCUUUUUCUUAAAAAGAAAAAAAACGAACACCUUGGUUUGAUUUUUAGUUGAUUUUCGGUUGUCUCGGGUCCUCCCCGCGGACAACGCUCUUUUUUUCCCCUUCCCGACUCUAGUGCAUGUGUAAAAUGGCAGAAUGGGGUGGGGGUAUCGAUAUUUAGGAGAUUUAACAAGACUUUUUAAUAUUUUGUAAAUACGUCGGAACUAUGUAAUUAUGUCACUUGUGGUAGUGAAAACAUGGCUGGGCUAGGGAGGGACAGGGAGGGAGGGAGGGAAGGCAGACGACCGCGCGGAGGUUUUUAAAGAAAAAAACGAUGAAAAAAUCACUCAGCAUGGCAUAGCGAUUUCAAGGUUUUUUUUUCCCCCAGAAUCCCCUAAACUUCCCUGAGACAAGUUUUAAAAGUAGUAAAGCAGAGAAACCAACAACCACCGGAAGCCGACGGACUCGACUUGUGAUUUCAUAACGAGGUCUGUGGAUGGGUUCUCCCCCCCCCCUUUUUUUUUAAUUAAUACAUUUUUUCUUUCUGAAAAGGGGGAGAGGAGAAAAGAAAGAAAGAUAGCUUCUUCUCUCGGCCACCUUCAGAUGCCAACUCCGCUUGUUAUCCUCGGAAGCUACGCGGCUUCGCAGCUUCUGUUGUUGUUGUUGGCGUUGUCGUUUUGAAAGCACCCAGGGCCCCUUUAAACACGGCCCUCUCUGGGUUUUACACUACACUUCUCAGGAGUUGAGCCAGAUCCAGAAAGCUGCGCGGUCCAAGUUCACCUCGGCUUCCGAGGGAAGCUUCUCUUCUGGCGCCAUUUUGUUUUUCCCAACACUCCCAUUCAUUCCUGUAGCUACUACACCACUAACUUUUGAGAUGUGGGUGUCUCUUCUCUCCGGCUUAUUUUUUUAUUAUUAUUAUUAUUUUUAUUGAGGGAGGAGGGACACACACAGGAGGGGGAGGGUCUUUGUAUACCCCCAAAUGGAUGGGGCUCUUCCUUCUCUCCCCCCCCUCCAGCGAUCGCAUCAACAUUCCAGAUAACGUUGACGAGAGUGGUCCAAGAGAUGGAAACCGACCUAGCGUUUCAUUAAACCUUGCCUGGGUGAAUUAGUGCCAGGAGCAGAAUGAUUUUCCCCCCCAAAGCCGCUUUACACACCGGUAGUGGCAGGAAAUAAAUGUCACAUUCUCCUGGGUGGAAAAGGGUUGGAGGAUUUGAGGGUGGGGGCUGGGGGGGUGUCAAGGAAGGGAUCUUCUCCCUGUUGGUUUCACUUUUUGAACAAAAAAGUUCUCGGCUCUUGUCGCCAAAGUGGAAAAGCCCUUUGCUAAUCACGCUUUCCGACAGAAUAAUUAACCGGUGGAACUGCUUG